AUGGCUGAGCGCUCACAUCUCACCAUCAAUCUCGAUUAUCAACGCCUUUUCGAAGGUCCUUGCAGAACCCCCGUCAGGGCGGUUACGGUGUGCGAUAACAUAAAUCUUCUGAUCUCAGCUAUACCACAUUCAUCGUUCAUUGCUCACAACAUGAGAGUGCUCUGCCGCUAUGCGCUCACAUUCGAUUUGCGGUCGAGCACGCGCGCUGUACCAUGGUUUGAGCAGUUUCUACGCGACGGCUGA